AUGGGACCAUCGAGUUCGUCUGUAGACCCAAAAGAGGCAUAUAAGAAAAAGAGCGCAAAGCGAACAGGCAAUUCCCAGUUCCUCAUGCAGAUCCAUCCCGGCGAUGAAGAACUAUUACCACCCAACAGUCAACAAUCACUGUUGGGAGUAAGCAGUCACGCCGGCAUUGUCACCAACUACGCGAAUAUCAUCGAACGGGAAUCUCCAUACUUUCCCAUUUGUUCGGGGUCGGUCGGUGAUCAGGGUUCAUCAUCUCGCGUGGUUGUGGUGGCUGUGGCGCCUACUAUCGAUCAGCAAGCCAGGAAACCCCAAAGAGACAAGUGA